AUGUCCCCAGUAAAUCAUUCCUAUGGUGAUGACUGUCGUCUUAGGUCCAAUCUUGAAUCUUCAAAUCCGAGUAUUGAAAGCGAGAUACCGAAAUUAAAAACGCAGUUCUUCUACUCUUCUCCUCUCCCUCUCGAUGAUCCUUUGUCUACUGUUCCAAGUACAUCAGGUGCUGAUGCUAAUAACACGAGGAAUCUGCCUCGUCCAUUCUCAGCAGUCGACAACGAGGCACUCGAAGAAUCUUGGCGUACACUUAUUUCCAUGAAUAACAAAGUAGUUGGCAGUAAAAACUCGAAAAACGAUAAUAAUACGCUCUUAAAAGCACCUACCAUCGAGCGAGAAAAAAUUGUAACGCAUGAGUCUAUUGAUAGCUCUUCUAGGUCAAUCGAGACUAAAUUCUCACCUUCAUCGAAUGCAAAAUAUACUAAUUCCAAUACUAAUGUGCAAGAUAUUUCUAAAAAUAACUUCACCUCAGAAAUUUCAAAUUUCCCUGACUUAUCGAAUACUAGGGAGUCUAUUUUGACAAUGCCCCGAUCAGACUAUUCUAAAAAUGAAAAUUUAAAUAUUUUAGAAAAAAAAGAAAAGUUUGAUUUCCAAGAAGGGUGUAGAUCUAGUAACACCAGUAUAUCUACAGAUUUUGAAGAAGAAACAUAUGAUAAACAUUUUCUUCAAACAAAUCGAAACGUAUCUGCAACCUAUCAAACUAAACUUCCAAUUAAAGAUAAGAUAAACAAUGGCGCCGUCCAUCCUUUGACACAAAAGACUUGUAAAUUUCGAGUACAAAAACAAACAGAAAAUUCAUAUCCCUCAAAAGUUAAAAAAUCUGGCCAUGAAAAUUUCGAAACACGUGAAAAUCACGCCAAUCAAAAAUCACCCUCACUUUUAUUUUCCCCAACUUUGACAUCUAAUCUACCUGAAAAAUUCAACUGUGAGGUGUUCGGAGUACGAAUCUCGGAUCUAAAAACUUCAAACGAGUGUUCGGAUCCGGUACCCGUUCAUUUUCAGGAUUCAGAAUCCCCGAACCAGGGGUUGGAUAACAAAGCUAAGCCUUCUUUUAGUUAUUCUAGUCACGGUAAAUCAGGUACUACUGGGCAGCCUUUUGCAAAGCUACAGUCUAGACAAUCAAUAGCAAACCCUAGAUUUGACGCUUUGAAACAAGACGAUAUCGAAAUUCAACAUCAAAGGAGAGCUCAAUCAGUUCCAAAUUUAUCUGAACAUUCCUGGCAAAAUCUUGAGGGGACUCUAUAUAAAAAGAUGGAAAAGACGUGCUCAACCGAGCAAGCGUCAGAAUCAAAUGAACAAAUUACCGAGAAACACUCAUUAGAGGUUCCUGUUGGAAUUUCAAGACUUCAUCUCGUACAACUACCUGAUUUGCAGAUGAAGCCUAUAUAUUGGUCGCCAGUCAGUGAUAAAGCCACUGUUAUUCGAGGCACUUGGUUUUAUAAGCAUACUAUGAAUCCUGUUGAGCCUACUGUUGCUAAUCAGCUAGAACUUGGUUACAAAGAACUCCAACCAUGGUCGCAGACUUGGAACGACGAAAUUGAAAGUGCUUUAAAAAUUGGAGCUGCUGGGGAAGAAAAAAUUAUUCACCGUCUCUGGCCAAGCGAGAAGAAUUCAAAGAAAUCUAAUGAAUUUUCAGACCGAAAAUCCUCUACAACCUCACUCUUAGUAAUAGAAGAUCUCGGUGAAGAGACCGCGGCCGAAGGUAAUGUAGAUUCUGACAUCAAAGACCUAAAUUCUGCCACUUCUAGAAAUGUCUUGAAAAAGUACUUGGCUGCGCAGGUUAUCUAUAAAGAUUCUCGUCAUGCUUUUAUUCUCAAACCCAACGUUCAGCCGUCUGCGUAUUAUGGUAGGAGACCACUACAAAAAAUCAGUAAAGGUAUAUCAGUUGGUAUUCCAGUUAUCCGUGGCUUUGACUGGAAAACUUGGGAUAAUCUUCACCCUCCUAAACAUUCUGCUAUGAAAAUUGAAAAUAUAGCCAAGGCAUACGACUCAAACAUGUCCAAUUCUAGCAUGUGUCCUGCCUGCAAAGUCCAGGCAACACAAGCCCAAGUUACCGAUCUAGUCCUUGUGAUUCAUGGCAUUGGUCAAAAAUUAUCUGAGCGUGUCGAAAGCUUUAAUUUUACACACGCCGUUAAUGAGUUCCGUCGCUCUAUGAAUGCUGAAUUAUGCAACAGUUCAGUCAAGCGACUUUUGCGAAAAGACCUAGGCGGUAUGACAGUACUUCCUAUUAACUGGCGAUCGAAUCUCUCUUUUGAAGAUGGUGGCCUGGUGAAAGAUGGUAAUUCCAACGCUGAAAUGGACUAUUGUUUAUCAGAUAUCACUCAAGAUUCACUCCCGGCGGUGCGUAAAAUGAUUUCAGAUGUGAUGCUAGAUAUACCCUAUUAUAUGUCAAACCAUAAGCCCAGGAUGAUCCAGGCAGUGAUUCAAGAAGCUAAUCGUGUAUACAAGCUAUGGUGCAAGAACAACCAAAAUUUUGAGAAUAUCGGUCGAGUACACCUUAUAGCACAUUCUCUAGGAAGUGCAAUGGUGUUGGAAAUCCUUAGUAAACAACCAACAAAUUUACAUAAGCUCAAUUUAAGUAGCGACAAAAUUAAUACUGACUAUCUCGACUUCCAGACAACAAAUUGUUUUUUCGUGGGAAGUCCCGCUGGAUUUUUCUUACUUUUGGAACAAGGGAAAAUGUGUCCACGACGGGGUCUAGAUAAACCCGAUGCAGAGUAUAAUACUGAUAAGGCAGUUACUGCUGAAGCGGGGACAUUUGGCUGCAUGGCUUUGGAUAACAUUUAUAAUGUGAUGCAUUAUAAUGAUCCUAUCGCGUAUCGACUAAAUUGUACCGUUGACCGAAAAUAUGCUAAAAGUUUGAAAGAAGCUCGACUUCCGAGUACCUCGAUGGGGUUUUUCGAGAGUAUGGGCAAAGCAAUGAAAUCUUUUACCCCUGGAAACAAUCAAUCACAAGGUGCUUCUGUUGGGCAGAAUCUCGAAUCAACAGAUAUAACACGCCUUCCUUCAAAUAUGGAAAUGGAGGUACACGAUUUUAGUCGAGAAGAGACAGCUGAGAAGAAGUUUAAUCUCUUGAACGAUAAUGGCCAAAUUGAUUGGUACAUGAACAGCGGCCGUGGUCCACUUGAGAUUCAGUAUUUGAACAUGCUGGGUGCACAUAGUAGCUACUGGGCUAGUCCUGACUUUGUUCGGAUGGUUGUGAUUGAGUGUGGUCGAAAGCCCGGAAAACACAGCGCAAUUCCAAGUAUGAAGGCAGUAAAAGUUGGAUGGAUUGAAAAGUGCUAG